AUGUGGGAUACCCUAUCGAGUAGACGCGAACUGCUGGCUCCCGAUCGUGACAUUGUGCCUUGGAGCAAGAUGAACCCUACGAAGUCGAGUCCAGGCCUAGGCGGCACGUUGCAUAUUGACAACUUGCUAAUUUGUUUGGCACCAGCCCGGGUCGCAAACCUACGGUCACCGAGCGUUGCCAUAAACGUGAACACAGUCAUCUGUCUGGAACGACUGAUUCUCUCGAGGGGCCUGCACGAUCUCGAUUCAUCUGCAUGGAAUGGUAGUAACCCAGCCCUCAUCGAUUCUCGCGACUCUAGACCGCAACGCGCCAUUCACGCCGCCAAAGUCGCGUUGACGAGGAAAGCAACAAGGGGUGCAAAGGCACAAGAGACAUCAUGUUCUCCUCUAUUUCAACAGCUCCGGCGAAACAGUCGCUUUGCCAAAGAUUUUCCCGCCACAGUUGCCUCAGGGGCGCUUCGAAGCUUGAUUGGCAGUCUGAGUAACGACGGGGAAGAUGUUGAUACAGUCAAGGUCGUGUUGGAAACACUGCUGAUGCUGUUCAGUCCCAACCAAGACAGCCCAGAAGCUUCCGAUGAGAUCGUUCUCUGGCUAGCAGACGAGUUCACGCAACGCCAGGAUAACAUCACUCUUUUGCUUGAUUUCCUCGAAGGAGCAGACUUCUACUCCCGACUGUAUUCUCUGCAGCUUCUGACGGCAAUCUUGGCAGCUCGUGCAGAGAGGACCGAAGAGUUAUUCUCUAUUAUAGCACUGGAUGGAUCAUUGGCUGAUGGAGGUCGAGUUGUCGAGGAUUGCCUAAUCCUCUUGGCAAAUCUAUUGCGGGCGAACGCAUCGAACCAGUCCCUUUUUCGCGAAUCUGGUGGAGUCAAAAAUCUGGCCACCUUGCUGCAAGGUGUCUUACAAGGACAAGCAGCUGUGGCUGAUGAUGUCGCAGGGUGGGUUCAAGCACAACGGGGUCGUAACAUUUAUGCCCUUCUUGCCGUGGUUCGCCUCCUACUUGUACAUGGUGCUGUUGGCACUGCCCAAAACCAGUUGGCAUUAUGGCAACAUGGCUUGCUUUACCACGCCCUUCGUCUUUCUUUCAGUGCCGCGGUACAGACGCCAGUCAAAGCCGAGGAGAGCUUCGCACAACUGCAAGUCCCCUCUCCCCUUUCUCAACCCAGCUCAGGGGCGAGAGACGGGGGUGGCCCGGAUAACGAUCCCGAAGUAUAUGUCAUUGACGGACUACUUGAUCUGACCCUCGCAGUCUCGGCCAAUGACAUGUUUGACGUGCGAAUUGCAGCCUGUGACUGCCUCAAAGCCUACUUCUUUGAUCACGCAGAGAUACGCCUUCACUUCCUCAAACGAGCAAUUGAAGGCUACAAAACGGGCCUUGACGAGACAGCUAAUGUGCUCGCUGUCCUGCUUCGGCCCUACAACGACGACGCCAUUGUCAAUCCUUACCGCCCCUGGUUUGCUGCCAUAAUCACCUUCCAUCUUCUCUUCAACAACCCUGAAGCAAAAAGUCUUGCCAUGGCAGUUACUGAGGGUGAUGCAGAAGAUGGCGAAGAAAUAGUCACUAGUAUUCAGUCUGUUGCUGCUCAUCUCCUUUCCGGGCUCGGUCGCGAACAGGACAGCCGGGUUGCGACUGGAUAUUUGAUCCUCCUUCUCGGUUGGAUGUUUGAGGACCUGGAGGCUGUCAACGACUUUCUGGCCGAAGGCAGACUGUGUGCCAUGAUUCUGGGUGAAAUUUAUGAGUUCUCGACCAAGGACUCCCUAUUCCCCAGAGCUAGCCUUCACGCAAUCCUACUCUCUCGGCUGGGAAAGGAAAAGUUCAUUGACAGACUUAGCAGGUUGCGGACCAACCCAUUGAUGCGCGACUUUGAAGUGCUCCCUCAGAAGCUUGAUCCAUCCUCUCCGGGUCGACUGCCUGAAGUGUUCUUUGAUAUCACUUUUGUGGACUUCUUCAAAGAUAACUACAGUCGGAUAUUGCGGGCCAUUGAUCGAGAUCCUGGCUUGGAAAUUCCCGUAUCAGCAAAUGGAGUGCAACAAGGCAUUUCGCGAGAUCUGGUGGACUCCCUACGCGCCCAGCUAGGAGAGAAAAGCAAAGCGCUUGAUGAGUUACAUAUGGCCUCCACUACUCUUGAGAGGCAGCUCGGGCAAGAACAGGCAGACCAUCGGAAGAGUCGAGAAAAUGCAGCCGUUGAUAUUGCCAAGGUCAAUGCCGCGGUUGAUGCCGUUCGGCGAGACCAUGCUGCUGAGCUAAAUAAAAUGCGUCAACAGCUUGCUUCCGAGCAGGCUGAGCACGCUCGGCAACUGAAGCAAGCGAUCCAGUCUAAGGAAGUCGAGUUGGAGGCUGAGCGUCGCAAACUAGUUUCGGUUCAGGAAGAUUACAAAAGGCAGAUCGAUUAUACGAAAAAAACGAGCGAGGCCGAGUUAGAGAAACUGCGACGAAAGAUGGCCUCACUUGGCGACGAUCAUGAAAAGCAACUGAGCAAAGCCAGUGAAGCUGCAGAAGUUGAGGUUGGCAGACUCAAACGUCGUGCCGACGCCGAAGCCGCGGAUCUACGCGCCACUAUCAGCAGGCUAGAAGUCGAUCUUAUGAAGACGAACAAAAAUAAAGCGCAGGAGCUUCAUACACUUCAAGAGGAGCAUACCGCGCGACUAAAGCUGACACAGCAACAGAGCUUGGCCAAGCUCGAGAAGCAGAUUGACCUGGUGGAAGAGUCUGUCAGCAAAUGUGCGCGCCUCGAGAAAGAACUGAAUGAAACCAGACAGGACAGCCUCAAGAUUGCAGCCAACCUAGCGGAGGUUACUGACGCCAAGCAAGCGAUACAGACAGAAUUGGACGACCUGCUAAUGGUAUUUGCCGACGUCGAAGACAAGGUCAGCAAGUACAAGGCUCGGUUGAGGAAGAUCGGACUGGAGGUCUCUGAUGGCGAGGAUGAAGAAAGCGAGGACGAGAGCGAAGACGGGCAGGAGCAGAGCGACGAUGAUGUCGAAAGUGAGGACGAGGCGGGCAGCGGGCGAGUGACAGCGAGUCGCAAGACUGCUUGA